AUGCGCUGGGUGGUGGCGGGUGCCGUGGGAGCGUUUUGGCACCCGGCAGCGGCACCGGCACCGUUCUCAGCCGUCCCCUGCCCCGCAGAGCUCAGCGCCUCCGACGAGAGCUCCCUGUCGGACGCCGUUCUGCUGGAGGAGGAGGAGCCGCGGCCGCCGGGACCUGCCACCCCGCGGGGGUCCCCGUCCCCCGAGGAGCCCACCGAGAAGGAGGGAUCGGGGCCCCCGCCGGCCCCCCCCAGCCCCUGGCGGGAGACCAGCCUCGACAGACCCUACGAGAAGGCCAAAAAACCCGGCGUCGACCCCGGGGAUGGGGACACCCGGGGCUCCCGGUGCUACCCUGGCUCCCCGCCAGCCGCCCCCGCCGCCCCCUCGGCCCCCGGCAGCCCCGACCCCGCAGCCUCACCGGCGCCCAGGGUGGGGGACGUCCCUCCCUACCGCUUCGUCCCCGUCAGGACCCUGGUGCUGUGCCGGCAGGCGGGCUCCAGCGCUCCCAGCACCCCGGAGCCAUCGGGCCGGCGGGGACAGUCCCAGUCCCUGAGGGUGGAGGCGUGCUGGCAGCCCGGCGAGCCGCGGGGCCGCAGCGCCGUACCCCGCCGGCGCCCCACGUACUACACGGUGACGGUGCCCACCUCCUGCAUCCCGACCCCCGACCCCGCGCGCCGCUCCGGCUCCGACGACAGCAUCUCCGACCUCUCCAGCAUCUCCCACGCCACCUCCCCGGGGAGCAGCAGCCCCGACGUCUCCUUCCCGCGCCCCCCGGUCCCACCGCCCCUCGUCGAACCCGGUUACUAUCCUCGGGGUGCCCACCGGUUCCUGCCACCCGCCGGCCCCCCGGCUUUCCUCUACGAGCAGGAUCUGGCCCCGUUACGCUACCAACGCCUGGUGCCCUCGCACAGCCGCAUCGUGCGCACCCCCUCGCUCAAGGACUAUGCGCCGGCGGGGGGCCGGGGGCUCUCCAAGGCGGCCGUGACCGAGGAGCUCAAGUCGUGGCACCAGCGCGCCCGGCUCCGGGGUGCCCGUCCGCACUCCCUCGACCGGCAAGGGGCCUUUCGGGGACCCCGUGGUGGGACCACCAGGGACGUGCCCAUCACCCAUGGAGUCCUGCCGCGGGCUCAGGCGCCCCCGAUCCACGUCCUGCGGCGCUCCCCGGACGGCGUGCCCGUGCAGGUCUACGUGCCUGAGAACGGCGAGAUCGUCACACAAGUGUAA